UGCUCUUUGUUCAACUCAGAAGACAAGAGCAGGGAGUUCAAAUGGUGAAGGAACACCCUAGGAAAGUGCCUGUGCUGUGAUUUUCCUCUACAGUUGACAUUUUCUAACUCUACAAUCAUUCCUGAAAGAAGCUAUAAGGAAUUGUCUGUGGAAUCGUGCUGCUGCAGCUUGUUAGCCCAACACAGUGCCGUUUACAUUGACAUGAGAAACAACUUGGGCUGACAGUCCUUUAUCUCCAUGCAUCGCUACUCUCAUAACAUUGUACCGAUGGACCCUCAGGUUUGUCCACCCCCCCUCAGCAGCAGCCAGUCAAUGAUUAGUAGCCUUGACAAAUCCCCAGCAAGCACAUUCAGACCUGGCCACUCACGAAGCAGCAGCACUGGUUCUGGCAAGCACUCAAAACAGUCUCGUCACUGGGAGGUAGUGGAUGACUUGCAGCAUGUGGACAUGAGUUCAGUUCCUGGCUCAUCUCUGGAUCUCAGUAUCCCUGGGAUUUGUGAGGGCUACUUGAUGAAAAGGAGAAAGUACCCACUCAAAGGCUGGCACAAGAGAUACUUUAUGUUGGAGAAAGGCAUUCUCAGGUACUCAAAGACUCAGCAAGAAAUUCAAAAAGGGAAGCUGCAUGGCUCUCUGGAUGUCAGCCUGGCUGUCAUGUCUGUGAAUAAGAAGACCAAACGCAUAGACCUGGAUGCUGGAGACAACCUUUAUCACCUCAAAGCAAAGAGCCAUGACAUCUUCUACAUCUGGUUGACCAAGCUGUGUGCCCAUCGUGUGUUUAGGAAAAAUGAGGCCAUGAGUGUCCAUCGUGGUGUGAUUCAUGCGCUCUCCUUUGGCCAGAGCACUCUCCCAGCUAUGUCCACUUUCUCCCAGCAAAGCAGAGUGACACUUCCUCAGUAUGCCAGCUCUGCAUCAAUGUACCAUCCAGAGAUGGGAAGCCCUGCCCCAGCCGUCGCCUCUCAGCCAGGGGUGUCCAACAAGGUGUCAGCUUGGCUGCAGCAGACCCACGACAUAGAUGCAACCUCCAGUGAACUGACUCGUUGUCAGGCAGAGCUGACAGAACUGGCUCAACUCAUCCAGAGACUGCACUGGCUUGAAGGAGGCUAUCCUGUCACUAACACAGACCUGGAAAUGCGAAUCAGCAUGCAGAAUCUCUCCCUGGAGAAACCCAAGAAAAAGAAUGGGAGGAUGCCAGGUCACUCAAGGACUCUGUCUCGUGCUGAAGCCAUGGGGGGAAUGUUCACUUCCAGCCACCUGAGGACCAAUUCCAGUUCUGUUCAGUCCAUCCCUGAUUAUGUCUACUCUCAGCUAUCCAACCCUCAGGUCACCUCGCCCGAAGCCAAGAAGCUCCACCAAGACAUCUGCACUGUUUCUCAGAGGGUUCACACUUCUCUCAAGUCCAUUCAUGAGGUUUUGACCUUGGAGCAAGAGAGGCUGAGGCAGGCCUGGACUGGCCCAGACAUGAGGCAGAACACCUCACAGCAGCUUGCUACCAUUUGUAGAGCAUUGUCUGAGCUUGAUAUACAGUCCCAUCUGACCAAAGUCCAUUCGCUUUCCCUGUCCUCUGACUCUUCUGAAGAAUCCUUCUGCACUGUCCGUCCAGACCAGAGAACGCCUUCCUUAAGUCGUCACAGUCACCGUCCGCCUUCGGUGGCAGAUUCCAUGGCAGAGUAUUUUGAUGCUAGUGAGGUAAUAGUGUGUGAGACCUCAUCAGAGGCUGAGGCUUCUGAUGAAUCGGGCCUGAGUGACAUCACCACAACCAGCACCUCAGAACCUGAAGAAGGACACUCUGCUGCUACCCUCAACUACAGAGAAAGUUUGAACAGUGCAAGUCACAAACCCCGCCACGUGCCUGCUGAUACUGGCCGUCGCACUGCCCUGCCUGCCCCCUGCACAGACAACAGUCACAUUGGCAUUAUGAGCAUCCUGUACAACAACAUCGGCAAGGAUCUAUCCAGAGUGUCUAUGCCAGUUGCUCUCAAUGAGCCGCUCUCUCUGCUGCAGAGGCUCAGUGAAGAGCUGGAGUAUUCUGAGCUGCUGGACAUUGCCAACAGCAUCGAUGAUCCAUAUGAGAGAAUGGUUUACGUGGCAGUGUUCUCCAUUUCUGGUUAUGCCUGGGCAUCCUGGAGGUAUCGUUACAAACCCUUCAACCCUGUCCUCGGUGAAACGUAUGAGAAUCACAGAGAAGACAGGGGAUUCCACUGCAUUAGCGAACAGGUCAGCCACCACCCACCAAUCUCUGCUUGCCAUGCAGAGUCAGAAAACUUCACUUUCUGGCAAGAUCAGAGAUGGAAGAACAAGUUUUGGGGCAAGUCUGUGGAGAUCAUCUCUAGUGGAAUGGUCAAUGUUACCCUACCCAAGUAUGGUGAUCACUAUGAAUGGAACAAAGCAGUUACAUGUAUCCACAAUGUCCUGAGUCAGCAACGUUGGUUGGAGCACUAUGGUGAGGUGAUCAUCAGAAACACAAAGAGUGAUGUGUGCACCUGCAAGAUUACUUUUGUAAAGUCCCGCUACUGGAGCUCAGACAGCAGUAAGAAUGAGGUGCAGGGUGUGGUUCUGGACCAGGCUGGGGAGGUGGUCCAUCGUUUUGGAGGCCUCUGGCAUGAAGGCAUUUUCUGUGAUACUCUACCUACACCAAAGUGCAUCUGGAAACCCAAUGUACAACCUGAUGACUAUGUCCAGUUCUACGGCUUCUCUCGUUAUGCCAGAGAACUAAACGAACUGACUCCAGAACUGAAGGCUGUCCUCCCGCCUACAGACACACGGUUCAGACCAGACCAGAGGCUCCUGGAGGAGGGAAAAGUAGCAGAAGCAGAUAAAAGGAAGGAUGAGGUGGAGGAGAAGCAGAGGGAGAGGAGGAAAGAGAUGGGCAAGAGAGGGGAAGAACACAUCCCCAGGUUCUUCAGGAAAUCGGUGGAUGAGGCUGGCAGAGAGGUUUGGCUGUAUAAUGGAACAUAUUGGAACCUCCGCAAAGACCCGGGCUUUGCCAACACCAAAAACCUGGAUCUGUGGUAGAAGUCUACACCCACCUGAGGCUAAAUGAAAGCAGCCACAUGCUUGAUGGCAUAAUGAACAGGAGCGACAGUUUACUCUCUCAAUAAAAGUAAUCAAGUGUAACCAUGUGGGAUUACUAGCCUGUUCAGAAAUAAACAGUAUUGACCCAACAGCAGUGACCCAAAGGCCACAAUACUGCUGCCAUUAGUGCAAGGGUAUAGAGGGGAAGGGCUUUAAGAAGCUUAAAUGAACCUCUCAUAUUCUCUUCAUGGUGCCAAAGUAGAGGUGAGAUGCCACUAAAGUUCAAAUGAAGACUGAUUUAGAUGAAGCCGGAUGUCUUUCCUGCCGUUUCCACCUCUCUACCAUAAAGGAAACCUUAAAUAUUAUCAUUCCUGUUUAAACAGCAAAGCUUUACUUGAAUUCUACUUUAAAUUGCUGCCAUUUAGAAAAAAGUGGGUAAAAUGCUUCAGUCUUGAUGUAAAUUGGCAGUGAUUAUAGCAUUUUAGAGCAUGCUUUUUUUUUUUUUUUUUUUUUUUUUUUUUUUUUUUAAUUUUAACAAGUUUGUACAAUUAUUUUAGUCGGCCUCACUGCUGACUGUCUCAAAGUGUCAGAAGCUUAUUUCCCAUAGAGUAACAUUGGGGUGGGGGUCAUUCUGCUGCUUGUGGGGUAUAUUGCAGGUGAACUGGUGUUGUCCUGCUUCCUUUCUCAGGGGGUCUUACUGUUUUAAACUAAGUCUGUAUGUAUGUUAUUUCCACAUGUUUAGUUGGGCCACAUUGGUGAGUCUGGAUUCCUGGAUGAAUUGAGCUCCCUUUUGACCCAGCAGUCUUCCCCUCUCUGUCCUCAAUGAGCUCACACACCAGAAUUGUGCUUCUUAGACAUUUAGUUCAAUCAGUGAAGUAUUUUAAUUGAUGUUUCAACUGUGGAUUUUAAUAAGGAAAAAAGAUGACUGUUAAAUCAUUGUCGAUUUGUUUUCUUUCAAUGGUUUAGUUUCAAAUAAAAAGUUCUAGAUCAA